AUGUCUUCUUUCACCCAGAACGUGGGUGUUCUCCCCACUCGCCUGCGCAAUUUCUUCGCUCGCUAUCCACCUCAGGUGUAUUCCUCUCUGGUCGCACCCAGACCGACACCCCCAGAGGCUGAAACCUCCGCCGACCAAACCCUUCCCUCGCCCUACACACCUGAUCGCGAUGCGAAAGGUGCUCAUCGACCAGACCCCGAGCAAUUCUCGAUUUCACGAUCCUUACUAUUCAACGAUCCCAAGAAUCCGAACCCGUUUCUGCCACGAAAGAUCUCCAACUCCAAGAAGUGGAUGGGCCCUCGGUAUGGCCUGCGCCAACAGGCAGAUUUAGUCAAGCUGGCAAUCAAGUACAACGUUGAGCCGCUGCUGCCACCGGGACCCAAAUCUACCGAGUACAAAGCUGCGAAGCUUGCGGAGCGCGGUUUGCGGAUCAAGGGAACUGGUAUCGGGCAGAAGGUCAAGGGUCACAAGUGGGAGCGUACGAUGGAGGCGAAGCUCGAGGAUCGCCGCAAGGCAAUGAUGGAAAUGCCGGAAAUGAUCAGGUUGUGGAAACAGAGAGGUCAUGGACGGGGCUGGCGACAGUGGCCCAAGCGGUAA